AUGAUUUUUUAUAUUGUGCUAAUUCUUUUGUUCCUGUUGAUCUUGUUUUCUGUGACAUUUAUUUUAUUCAAGUCCAGAACGCCUAGAGAUUUUAAUGAAUUCCUUAUGGAACUUCAAUAUAUUUAUCUUGGCUUUGAGACAAAUAUUCAAGAUUUAAUCUACGGCCCGUGCUUUAACAAAGUUUCACUUUACUCGCAAUCGUCAUCAGUCGCGGUGCUUACAGGUGGAAAUCGUGGUCUUGGCCUUAGUAUACUGAAAAAACUAUUACAAUGUGAAAUGACAGUUAUUUUAGGUGUAAGAAAUAUUGAAGCAGCACGAAAGUCAGUGGAAUCUUACAUUGACAGCUCAUUGUUGAUGAAUAAAGUCAUUUAUGAGAAUUGUGACACUGGAGAUUUGAGUUCCGUCAGAGAAUUUGCAAAGCGUGUACAAGAACGAUGUCGUGGAAUAAAUUUGUUAAUUAAUAAUGCUGGAAUAAUGAGUGGUCCUUACAAACUCACAAAAGAUGGAUUUGAAACUCAAAUGGCAGUCAACUAUAUCGGACAUUUCCUGCUUACUCAUCUUCUUAUGCCUCAACUCAUUUUCGCUUCAAAGGAAUCUGGCAAAACAUCGAGAAUCGUCAGUGUUUCAUCAUGUUCGCAUCACGGCGGAAGAGUCAAGUACGAUGACUUUAAUUGCACCAAAUUUUAUAAUCCUGGAAUGUCAUACUGUGACAGUAAAUUAGCUCAAGUCAUGUUUACAAGACAUUUGCAUAAAAUGUUCAUCGAAAAGAGUUGGAAUGUCCAACCAUACUCAUGUCAUCCUGGACUUGUCAAUACUGGAAUUUUUGAGAAUUCUCUCGUCAAAUCUUUGAAUUGGUUAAGGAAGCUUACUAUGAAGACUCCAGAGCAAGGAGCGAGAACGGUAAUUUAUGCAGCUAUUGCACCUGAAAUUGAGUCAAAUGGUGGAGUUUAUAUCACAAAUUGCAGACCAUCAAGAAUGGCUAAGACAGCAAUGGACAAUGCAGAAUGUAGAAAAUUCUUUUCAUUUACGUGCGAUUUACUUGGCAUAAAAAACUUUGGAACCGACUAG